AUGUCCAAGGCAGUGUAUAUCGAGCCCAUCGACGGCAAACCCGGCAAGCCCGGCCAGGUUUACUAUCCGCUCACACUCCGCACUCACCCCAAGCCUUCCCCGCAGGGCCGCGAGCUGCUUGUGAAGUUGACUGCCGCAUCGCUCAACCACCGCGACCUUUUUCUUCGCCAGCACCUCUACCCUGGCGUGACAUUCGACGUCCCCCUUCUGGCUGAUGGCGUGGGUGUCGUUGUCGGUGCUGGCCCCGAUGUCUCGAAUCCGGAAAAGUGGCAGGGGAAGCGGGUCAUCUUGAACCCCGGUGUCGGCUGGAAAGACUCGCCUGAUGGUCCGGAAGAGGCCACGGGAUACAGAAUUAUGGGAGGCACCAAAGUCUACAACAAAGGUACUCUUCAAGAGUACAUUGCCAUUGAAGACUCUGAGGUUGAAGAAGCCCCUGAGCAUCUCUCAGACGCAGAGGCCGCUGCUCUCCCUUUGACAGGCCUGACUGGAUGGCGGGCAUUGGUCUCCAAGGCUGGUGAGAGAAACUCCAGCAAUGGCGCUGCUAUCCUAAUCACUGGUAUUGGAGGUGGUGUCGCAUUGAUGGCGCUGCGGUUCGCAGUGGCCCGAGGCGCUCACGUCUUCGUGACAAGCUCCAGUCAGGACAAGAUUCAGAAAGCUGUUGACCUGGGUGCAACUGGUGGAGUGAAUUAUAAGGAGCAAGGCUGGGAUAAGAAGCUAUUGGGCAUGCUUCCGUCUGGCAAGAAGAACUUUGACGCCAUCAUCGACGGUGCUGGAGGAGAUUCAAUCGAGAAAGCUGCCAAGCUGCUUAAAGCUGGUGGCAUCCUCUCCAUCUAUGGCAUGACAGUGUCUCCCAAGAUGCCAUUCUUGAUGCAGGCUGUUCUCAAAAAUAUCGACGUGCGUGGAACCACGAUGGGUUCCCGAAAGGAGUUCAAGGAGAUGGUCGACUUUGUCAAGUCCAAGAAGAUCUAUCCAGUCGUAUCGCGAGUCCUGGAUACCAAGAUAGACGACUUGAAGGGCAUGGAUGGGCUGUUUGAAGAUAUGAAGCAGGGCACCCAGUUUGGCAAGUUGGUGAUUCACUUUGGAGAGAAAUCCUCGAGCAGCAAGCUGUAA